AAACUCGACUCAUCCCGAAACCAGUACGCUUGAUAGCAGAACAAUGAGUCUGACAGAAAAAAAAAUUCUACUCUACAAAAGUGCUGGAGGGUCGGGGGGAUGAUCACAUCCCAUCAUGGCCUUUGACCCUCGGAUUGUCAUUGGACCGAUGCAAGUUGGUUCGCUCUUGAGUGCAGUGUUCUACGGCUGCCUUAUUUCGCAAAUCUACGUGUAUUUUAAACUGUUCCCAACAGAUCCUCGAGGCUUCAAAAUCGCCGUCACAGCUCUUGGAACUUGGCAACUAGGCCACUUCAUCUGCUUGAUUGCCACACUUUGGACCAUGACAGUGACUGCCUAUAGCCACCCAUCCAUACUCAAUACUCUUCCGGUCGGAACAAAAAUUCUGCUCUUGCUUAGCAGCUUCACUUGCUCUACUGUGCAGUCGUUUUACACCCAUAGACUCUGGAAGCUUUCUAAAAUCAUCAUUUUACCACUUAUCUCAGGAAUACUAGGUGUAACUGCGCAGGUUGCAGCUUUCAUUUUCGUCAUCCGCGCGUUUCACAUGGCCAACCUCGAAACAUUCGGAGAGGAUCAGCACUUCAUCAUCGCAUUCGCAGCCAUCUCCCGUUCGGCAUCUGACAUUUUCACUACCAUCAGUAUUGCCGCCACCCUGAAGAAGCAAACAUUGUACAUUCCGGGCGUUUCGGUGACAGCUAAGAUAGCUGACCGGAUAAUUGCGUGGACACUUGAAACCUGUUUGGUAGCUAGUUUAGCGACGCUUUCAAUCACUGUCCUGCUCCUUACUUUACCAAAUAAUGCCUGGUUUGGUCUAUAUCUAAUCAAUGCCAACGUAAUUGCGAAUUCGCUAUUGGCAUGGCUCAAUCGCCGGUUCACGUUCGUACGUGAUGAUUCGGAUUUAACACUAUGCUCGACUAUCGCCUUUGCUGGGUGAUCUGUGUCCACACAAGGCCACUAGUCACAAAAUUUGUUCUCUGUAACUCCGUCUCGUCGCCCCUCCUUGAGAGGAGAGAUGUCGACUCCUAAAAUUCAUUGUAUUUGCCUUGUAUUUCUUUCCCAGUUGUGUGUAUCACUUGACCUGUAUCACUAGUCGUCCUUGUAGUCAAAUUGUGUAUCUCGUCGCCUGUACCUGUAGCACCAGUCCCC